AAAACUUCCGUCAUUUUGCAAAAGUCGAGAUUUCGUGAACGUCCCGGAAAUGAAAGAAAACCUAUAAAUUCCGAAACGGACGAAGAGAGUUACUCCCCUUUAUGUAUUUUCCGGAUUAGCAUGAAAUCACUUCAAAAUGUCCCAAAAUGAUUUAGACAAUGCAAAUCCUACAAUAUACGAAGUUGGUUCUGAGAGAGCGAUCCUACCAGAGGAACAGGAUGAAAGUGUUACAGAUAAAAUAGAUACUAGAGAAGUUUUUGAUUUAAUUCGUGUUAUAAAUGACCCUGAACAUCCACUGACAUUAGAGGAAUUGAAUGUUGUUGAGCAAAGCAAAGUUAUUGUUGAUGAUGAUGCUAAUAAAGUGACGAUAGAAUUUACACCCACAAUUCCACACUGUAGUAUGGCAACAUUGAUUGGAUUGUCUAUUCGGGUCAAACUUCUGCGAUCUCUGCCACCAAGAUUCAAGGUAGAUGUUUCUAUAACACCUGGAGCACAUGCAUCUGAAGAAGCAGUAAACAAACAAUUAGCUGACAAAGAAAGAGUGGCAGCAGCUUUGGAGAACAGUCAUUUGAUAGAAGUUGUUAAUCAGUGUUUGGAUGACCAGAAAAGAAAAAUAGCAUAGAGAUAUAUUUCCCCAUUUACCCAAAUCCAUGUCUUUUCAUCACUUUUCAGGCCUUAGGAACAUAAGUGUAAUGCAGAAUGUCUGAAGACUUUUUCAAAUAUAAAUAAUAACAAUUAAAACAAAUAGACACUUGAUUUACAACUGGACAACUUACAUAAUGUGUAGAAGGUUGAAGAAAGCCAAGGACUUUUAGUCAUAGAUGAAUUUUUAACACCUCCAAUAUUUGGCUGACUUGCUGUUUACUUGCUUGAAAAAAUAAUAGAAAAAAAAAUCUCUACCAAUGCCUACGGUACCUCAACAUAUUACAGUAGAGAAUAGCCAAAAAAUGUUAUUAACUCAUUUUUCUUUUGGUACAGUUAUAAAAAUUAGUUAUACCCAAGACACGUUAAUACAUUUUUGGUUAUUAAUAAUUAUUAUGAAUAUAUAUGUAAAUAAAUUGAUCAACAGUGACUUCAUGUAGUUAUUGCAUUCACAAGAUCACAUAGUCAUUAUGAGCUUUCAUGAAAAGUUUAUUGAAAACAGUAAAUUUAAGACAAUGUUGCAGUUUUUAGUGUCUUUUCAUUGUAUAAUUGUAUCAAUUUCAUUAAAUUGAACAUGGAAAGAUUUCAAAUUGAAUUGUGCAUGAAUGAAUAAAACAUCAAAACCUUC